CGCAACCUGACUUGGGGCGGGUCUGUGUCUGAUGUAUUACAAUUACAUCACCACCACCGAUCAUUACUCACAUGCGGUGAAAUUGGGUGAAUGUAUUUUUUUUCUUAGGCGAAUAAUAACGUGAUUUUGUACCCUGCAACGCUGUUUUUUUUUUUUGUUUGUUUGUUUUUUUGAGAGGAGUGCAGUGCACACAGAAGGAAGGACACAAUUUGAGUCAUGAGGGACAGACUUGACCACCUCCGGGAUGUAUCAGUGUCUAAUGAGAGUGUUGCGGAGUAUGAAACUGGCCAAACUCUCCCCCCUUCAGAAAACACAACCCAUGAUGAUCCUCCUCAAGAUAGGCCUACCAGCAACAACCCUGACAUGGAAGCUGUCUUUGAUGAGGCACAAGAGGCUCGGCGUCAGAUUCAGUACAUCAGUCUGGAAGUGAAGUGUCUCAGGGAACGAAACUCACAUAUUUUUACUGGUGCAGUCGGUUCUAGUGCUUCUAAUACCUUCUGUGACUCUGAUGCUAUCGCUGCUGGCAUUAAAACCAGUGGGCAGGAGAUGCUUGCGCACCUUCGCAAAAUGGAUUCCCACAGGAAAGAGUUAGAGGAAAAGUAUGGCUUCAAUUCAACAGUGGCGAGAAUCGCCCGAACACAGUACGCCAGCAUAAGCAACAGUUUCAGAGAUACCAUGGUGGAGUACAACGAUGCGGAGAUGAGCUACAGAGAGUCCUGCAAGGCAUACAUUCAACGGCAGAUGGAAAUUGUGGGGCGAGAGGUCACGGGUGACCAGAUCGAGGAGAUGCUGGAGAGCGGUCAGUGGAACGUUUUCAGUGAGAACAUGGUUUCAGAAGGGAAAACUGUACGGUCUGCACUCAUACAGAUUGAGAGCCGUCAUACAGAACUGCUACAGCUGGAGAGACGCAUUCAGAGCCUUCAUGAGGUUUUUCUGGAUGUGGCCUUGCUAGUAGAACAGCAGAGCUCGAUGAUAGACUACAUUCACACCAAUGUUCAGUCAACGGAGGUGGAGGUCAAGGAGAUCCUUGUGAAGCUGGAGCGAGCCAAGAGACACGAUAGGAGCAACCCGUUAAAAAAAAUGUUCUUCUGGAAACGAUGACAUGGCCACAAAUAUCACAGUUCAAAAGAAAUACACUAAGUGAUCUGAUUUUUUUUUAUUAUUUUUUGUAUUACCAUUUUAUAUUUGUUGCUAUGUUUUUUUUAGGCAUUCAUCUUCUGAAGGAAAACACACAUAAUAGUAAUUUUGUGCAAGACACUGAUAUCCAAUACAUAUCUCAGAAGUAUCACAAAUAGUGAAAUUUGUGCAUUUUUACAGUUGGCUGUUUUGGCAAAUACUUUUUUUUUAGUUUGACAUUUUAAAUGAAGUUUUUAUUCUUGGGAUGGAAUGACUAGUUGUGAUGAUGGAUCUCUCGUGUAUACAAAAAUGUUAUCAGCUGUAUCUCAUUCUGUGUGGAUUCAUUCAUUAAAAGUUUCUUGGCAUAAA